CACACACGUUGCCUACACACACUGUUCCGUGCUGGCGAGCGGAGGAGAUACGAGAACCGGACGUCCUCCAUAUCCACUCUUGUCCUAAACACACACUGCGCGCGUCUUGUAGAAUUACCGCGGGAGAUCUGACACACACUCUUUGAAAAAGACAUACAAACACAAACUCACCAGAGGGAGACGAAACAGCUGAGAUUUGUUUUCAAACUGCGUGACAGGUCCGCUGAACGCGCAAGAAGACGCACACGGUUCCAGUAUUUGGACUGCUUCACGCAUCUCUUUCCCUGUCUGGAGUGGGGUUUUAUUAUAGUGUGUUGGGAACUCCGUUCAAUCAUGGAUACUAACUGCUCCUUCACCGCUCUGCUUUUACUUCUGGCUUCGUUAAAUAGUGUGUCAACCGUGCAGUUCCCGUCGCCACUUCUGAUAAAGGAAUGGGUGGAGCAGAUGCAGCAGGAGCUGGUCACACUGACGGACACAGCCAGCGGAGUGCAGAACCUCAUACAGAUCUUCCAGAGCCACAGGAAAUACUUCAGUGUGGGGUCCAACGAUGCCAGCCAGCUGGUGGCUACCGCAGCGGGUAACAUCGAGAAGCUCCUGGCCAACCGUUCUCGUGCUCUCAAGACACUGGCAUCCGCUGCAGAGGAUUUUCAGAUGCGGCAUCGGUGGAAGAACGAUCCUGAGCCGGAUGACAUUCAUUACUACUAUGCCAAAGAAAACCUGGACUCAAAUGAUACAGAGGUCAAGAAGCCAAACCGGCUUUAUCCAGAGUUUAAGGAAGACGAGCAAUUUAGACGACUCAUCUCCUACAACACCACGGCAGUCCACAUACCCACAGACAUAUACGAGGGCUCCACCAUUGUGCUGAAUGAGCUUAACUGGACAGACGCAUUAGAGGAAGUGUUUAGGAAGAACAAGGAAGAGGAUCCUACUCUCCUGUGGCAGGUGUUCGGCAGCGCCACCGGAUUGGCUCGCUACUUCCCAGCAUCCCCUUGGAUGGACUCGCGAAAAACGCCCAAUAAGAUUGACCUCUACGACGUCCGGCGGCGACCGUGGUACAUCCAGGGGGCGGCGUCACCUAAGGACAUGCUGAUCCUAGUGGAUGCGAGUGGCAGUGUCUCUGGCCUCACCCUCAAGCUAAUCCACACCUCUGUCAACGAGAUGCUGGAGACCCUGUCGGACGAUGACUACGUCAAUGUGGUCUAUUUCAAUGAUAAAGCGGUGAAGGCAGCGUGCUUUCAGAACCUGGUCCAGGCCAACGUGAGGAACAAGAGGUUCCUGAAGGAUGCUGUGCGGAACAUCUCAGCCAAGGGCAUCACCAACUACAAGGGUGGCUUUGAGUUGGCCUUCGAGCAGCUCUCAUCGUUGAACGUGACCCAGGGCAGGGCGUUGUGUAACAAGAUCAUCAUGCUGUUCACUGACGGAGGAGAGGAGCGGGCCCAGGAGAUCUUCCAGAAGUAUAACGCUGACAAGAAGGUGCGGAUAUUCACAUUCUCAGUGGGCCAACACAACUAUGACAAAGGACCAAUCCAGUGGAUGGCUUGCACCAACAAAGGGUACUACUAUGAAAUCCCCUCCAUCGGUGCUAUCAGGAUCAACACUCAGGAGUACCUGGAUGUACUGGGCAGACCCAUGGUCAAAGCAAACAACAAGGCCAAGCAGGUUCAGUGGACCAACGUUUACCAGGACGCUCUGGAACUGGGUCUGGUGAUCACAGGAACACUGCCCGUUUUCAACAAGACCAACACCAAAGCUGACAAAGAGAGGGGACAACAGAGGCCCCAAAACCAGCUGAUCCUGGGAGUGAUGGCUAUCGACGUGUCUCUGGACGACAUCAAAAGACUAACGCCGAGAUUUACAUUUGGACCAAAUGGCUAUUACUUUGCCAUUGACCCCAACGGUUAUGUCUUGCUGCAUCCCAACCUCUGCCCAAAGAACCCUAAGUUCCAGGAGCCUGUGACUCUGGACUUCCUGGACGCUGAGCUGGAGGAUGAGAUUAAAGUAGAGAUAAGAACGAACAUGAUUAAUGGGGAAACCGGCUACCGCACCGUACACACACUAGUGAAGUCCCAGGAUGAGCGGUACAUAGACCGAAGCCAAAGAUCGUACACAUAUGCCCCUGUAAAGGGUACAGAUUACAGUCUAGCCUUGGUCCUUCCAGCGUACAGCCUGCAUUACAUCCAUACUACUAUUGGAGACACCAUCACCCAGGCCAAAUUGGAAUUGGGGGAUGAGGUCUCUGAAAGCCUGCAGGAAGACAAGUUUGAGGAGUAUGGAUACACUCUCAUUGCACCAAGGGAGUACUGUAAGGAUCUGAAGCCGUCUAAAAACAACACAGAGUUCCUGAUGGACUUCAACGAGUACAUCGACAGGAAGACUCCCAACAACCCACUGUGCAACGUGGAUCUGGUGAACAGAUUGUUGCUGGACGCUGGGAUCACGUCAGACCUCGUCAAGCAGUGGAGAGAUCAGAUGCCAAAUGGAGUCCUGGCCAGGUUUGUGGCCACUGAUGGAGGAAUCACUCGCAUUUAUCCCAAAAAUGCUGGACUAGACUGGACAGAGGACCCAGAGACGUACGAGUCAAGCUUCUAUAAGAGGAGUCUGGACAAUGACAUCUACAUCUUCACACCUACACCCUACCAGGAGGACACCAACAUGACUGAGGACUCAGUCCUGGUGAGCAGAGCAGUGAAUCUGGACAUUGAUGGAGUCAGACUCAAACCAGCAGUUGUGGGAGUGAAACUGGACAUCAAUACCUGGAUGACCAACUUCAUCAAUGCUACUCUGAAGAUGAACUGUAAGGACGAGAUCUGUGGUUGUCAGAGGAAUGAUGAGCAUGUGGAUUGUGUCAUCCUGGAUGAUGGGGGAUUCCUGGUCAUGGCCAAUCGGGAUGAAUACAUCAGUCAGAUCGGCCAGUUCUUCGGGAUGAUCGACCCUAUCCUCAUGGUCAACCUGGUCAACAUGUCUCUGUUCACGCUCAACAAGACGUACGACUACCAGUCGGUCUGCGACCCCAAGAGGGAGAGCAAGGGGUCCGCGGCGGGCCUGCGCUCAGUCUACGCGCCCACCAUAGCAGACAUUUUGAACAUUGGAUGGUUAGCAUCAGCAGCAGCCUGGUCGAUACUACAGCAGUUGUUGGUUAGCAUAACGUUCCCUAAUUUCCUGCACGCAGCGGACACCGAUGACGAAAUACCUGACAUGUCCAAGGAGAGCUGUAUCACAGAGCAGACUCAGUACUUCUAUGACAACGAUGAAAAGUCCUUCAGAGGAACGCUAGACUGUGAAAACUGCUCCAGGAUGUUCCAUGCUGAGAAGCUGUGGAAGACCAACCUGGUGUUUGUCAUCGCCGACGCCAAACUCACCUGCAUGUCAUGUGACCCCAAGCCCUUAAUACAGGCCGAGCAGCCUUCUGAGGGACCAGACCCAUGUGAAAUGGCUGAGAAACCAAGGUUCCGGAAAGGUCCAGAUGCCUGUUUCGAUAACAACGAGAGGGAGGAGGACUUUGACUGUGGUGGGGCGUCCGCUCUGAGCCCGUCCCUGUUGGCCAUGGUGGCGCUGCAGCUAGCCCUGCUCUGGCUCCUGGCCAGCUCCACGCACCACGCCGUCCCCUCGUGACCUCCGGCAACCAGCAUGCAACGCCGCCUCAAAACGCUGAACUCUAAAACAAAACAACAUCCGAAACCACAUCCUGACAGAAUUUCUUUUGUGAUAUUUGCGUUUUUCAAGGGUUUCGUUACAUUUCUUCACCCGGGGGUGGGAGAAAGUGAGGAAAACUAACGUCGGCGGGACGUUAAAAAAAUGAUUCUAAGCGAGAACUUUCAUCCCUGACCCCUGACUUUUCCCCGCCAGCCAUCUGAGCUUAGGGGAAUCGAGGUGAUUGAGUGGUGAACUUUGACCUUUGUUUGGCUUGACGAUGACAACCCUGCAAAUGCUACAGGUUGGACUGCCUUACAGUGCCAGGGGGAAAGUGGAAGGACUGCCUCUUCUUUUUGGGUUCCUUUUAGGUUCAGUUUGGCUUUUUGUGAUGUGCCCUUCUAAAAGAGAACCCCAUAGAUUUCUAUUCAACACUGCCAGAAACAGUGCUGCCCUUCGCAACCGUCCCAAUUAUUUAUUUAUUUAAAAGCGUUUUGCAGUGGCUUGUUACUCAGUAUUGAAAUGUUUGUUUGUUUUGUUCAAGUUGCAGUAAGAGACACACAUAUGUUCAAUAGGAAGUCAGAAAUCAGACCGUUUUUUAUUUUACAUUGGGGUGCUGUUGGCAUUAUUCUGUUUGUUUCAACCCCCAUUUAAAAGUAGCAACACAUUUACAUUCACACUGCUGUCCUCUUGUAUAGAUGUGGUGUACGACGAUCAUAUUCCUUCACAGACAUGUGUUCACAUAUUAACCUUUUUACCUCCACUUACUAACCCCAGUUUGAAAUGAUAGAUCCCUAUCUGUUUGCGGUCAACCACUUCUCAACCCUGACCACAAAUGGUCAAUGUCAGUAUCUGGUCCCUCUUAACUAACCAUCAUUGCCAAAGUGCAGUUGACCAAUCAGGGCACCCCGGCUGGCCUCUAGUGCGCUCAUUGGUGUAAUCUCUAGUGCCAUGUUGAUUCUUAGUCAGACAACCCCUUUAGCUCUAUUUAUUUGACUGUGUGGCUACUGACCUGAAGAAAACUUGAUGUGUUUGGUUUUUAUUUGAAUAUUUAAGUUUGUUUUAGUUUCUUGUUAGGAUGAAGGGUAUAGCUGCAUGCUACUGUGUUAUGUUGGCUUUAUUGCCAUUCUUUUUUGAUUGAUUUCAAUGCAAUGGAUAUAACAUUUUACAUUUAAGUCAUUUAGCAGACGCUCUUAUCCAGAGCGACUUACAGUUAGUGAGUCCAUACA